AUGGCUGCCAUCAAGAAGAAGCUGGUGAGUGUUGGUGAUGGAGCAAGUGGCAAGACAUGCUUGCUCAUAGUUUUCAGCAAGGACCAGUUCCCAGAAGUAUACGUGCCCACAGUGUUUGAGAACUAUGUGGCAGAUAUCGAAGUGGAUGGAAAGCAGGUAGAGUUGGCUUUGUGGGACACAGCUGGGCAGGAAGCGUAUGAUCGCCUGAGACCCCUCUCCUACCCAGACACUGAUGUUAUACUGAUGUGUUUCUCCAUCGACAAUCCUGACAGUUUAGACAACAUCAUAAAAAAAUGGACCCCAGAAGUCAAGCAUUUCUGUCCCAGUGUACCCAUCCUCCUGGUUGGGAAUAAGAAUGAUCUUCGGAAUGAUGAGCACACAAGGCAGAAGUUAGCCAAGAUGAAGCAGGAGCCAGUGAAACCUGAAGAAGGCAAAGAUAUGGCUAAUGGGAUUGGCGCCUUUGGGUACAUGGAGUGCUCAGCAAAGAUUAAAGAUGGAGUGAGGGCAGUUUUUGAAAUGGCCACAAGAGCUGCUCUGCAACCCAGAUGUUGGAAGAAAAAACCUAGGUGCCUUGUCUUGUGA